AUGAGACGUGAAAAUGGGACGAAUCAUCGACUGGAACCGGUCAAGGUUGAAAAUUUGACCGAGAGCGGUGGGCUGUCGGUGCUGCUCGAAUCAUCUCUGGACGAUUACUUCUAUCCUAUUUUCCCCAGUGCCGAGUGGAAGGUGACGAUCUUCAAUCCCCACGAUUAUCCGGACACGACCAGCGGAGGAGUAAUCGACUUUCUAGUCUCGCCAAGGAAACACCGGAGUGUGGAAUUAGAGGCGAUCAUGUUUUACAGUUUAAAGAACAUUAUACCAUAUUCUCUUGAGAAACGAAACUGCAUGUUCGAAGAUGAAAUGGGUGCCAUUUCCUACACUUACAGCGACUGCAUCGUCGAUUGCAAGAUAAAGGACAUAUUGAACAUUUGUGGAUGCGUACCUUUCUUCUUGCCUAAUCAAGGUAAGAAUCAUCGAUGGUUUCUCGAUUAUCCAAAAGUGCUUCCUAAAUGGUUCUCGGUCAUACCACACAAGAAUCUGUACAACAUCGAGGAAGUGAAGGAUAUUCUGAGUUGCGGCAAUUGCUAUCCCGAAUGCGACAGUGUGAAUUACAAUGCCAAGAUAUCUAUAGCCGAUUUGGAAUCGAAUCAACACGUCGCUGAAUUAUUAGAUAACGUGGACAUCAAGGAUCAAUCGGUGGUAACGAUAUACUUCAGAAAAUACGGCACCAUCAGAUUGAGGCAAGACGUGAUCUAUCGUUGGUACGAACUGAUGGGCGACGCGAGCGGUAUUUGCGGCAUCUUCGUCGGUUUCAGCCUGAUCGCGAUCGUCGAGUUCGCCUAUUUCGUCGGCCUGUUCAUGCUCGAGCUUUUAAAGGGACCAACUUCGUCUAAAGGGGACGGAAACGGGCCGAGAGCAAACAGCCACCGGUACAGACGAUUUAUUGGGGUGAGUUGUAUUCGAGAACUACGACAAAGAAUCAACGUGAUCGGGCUGUUCGUGGUAAAUAUUAGCACGUUACACGAUAUUCUCUCAUCCCCCAAUGUUCGUUCGAAUAAUGCGUGUUCACUUCACGGCGAGAUAGAUUCUGUUCUAUCUAUUGAAUUUUAUUGUAAAAAUGAUAUUGUCAAGAUUCAUGCCAAGGUUUCUGGUUCAAGGUUUUGCCAAUUCAUCGAUGUUUAUGGGAAAUCGAAUUUUUUUGCGAACUUUUCUUACACACUUUAUAUAUUUCUGCGUGUCAUAUAUGCUUUCACAGCAUAUCUGGCUUUUAAGUACCUCGUGAAAGAUGAAGCAGCCCUCGAGGAAGGGAUUAAAUAUCUCUUGGCGGAUUACACGGCGGAAGAUGCAGCCACUAGCAAUUCCUCGUCGCGGCAUUAUUGCGUUAGGGCAUUGUUCGAUCGAGAAGAACACACGAGUCAGACACAUGCCCUGCUCGUAAUCAAGAAAAGGAUCCGCGAACAUCAAAGGCUGAGACCUCAAUCAAAUCCAAUACCGUCGUCGUCGUGA